UGACCAGAGCCAAGGGUAUGAGGACGAGCGCCCGCUGCGGAGUCUGGCUUUUUCCCGGUAAAGCGUGAUGAAUCCGCACAGGCAGUCAGGCCGAGCAGGCCUGCACGAUGAGGAGGACUUUGUGGACAUUUUGGAGGAGAGGAGGCGCAGCAGUGACCUCGGCCACGCCCUCAGGACCUUCAAGCCGCAGCCCUACACAGGAGCCCUGCCCUGCUCCGCCAGUGACCUCAACAAAAGUGUGCUGGAGUCCCAGUACCUGCGCUACAUGACCAAAGAGAUUGCCAUGGAAACGGGGUCGUCUGUGGAGGCGGUGAAACAGGAGGCCUGCGGGAUACUGGAGGAAAUGUCUCACAACCUGCAGCUGGGCUUCAUCCGGCUGCUGGGCUUCACCCUCACCAAGGUCUUCAAGAGGAUCUUCAGCAGCAUCCACGUCAACAUGGAGGGACUCAGCAGGCUCCAACAGGCCAUUCAGGAGUGUCCCGUGAUCCUGAUGCCCAGCCAUAGGAGCUAUGUGGACUUCCUGAUCAUCUCCUACAUCCUGUUCACCUACGACCUCCCAAUACCUGUUAUUGCUGCUGGAGUUCCUCUUGCGGGCAUGAAGAUGAUCGGGGAGAUACUCCGCCGCUCUGGAGCUUUCUUUAUCCGACGUGGCAUUGGCUCUGACAAGUUGUACUGGGCUGUUCUGUCAGAGUAUGUCAAAACCAUUGUCAGGAAAGGAUUUGCUCCCAUGGAGUUCUACGUGGAAGGCCUGAGGAGUCGCACACUGAAGUCUCUGAAGCCCAAGUUAGGGAUGAUGCACAUGGUGCUGGAGCCAUUUUUCAAAGGUGAGGUGUAUGACAUCACGCUGGUGCCCAUCAGUAUCAGCUACGACCGAGUGCUGGAAGAGUCACUGCUGGCCCACGAGCUGCUGGGUGUGCCCAAGCCCAAGGAAACCACCAUGGGUCUGCUGAAGGCGGCCAGAGUUCUGCAGGAGGAUUAUGGCAGCAUGCAUGUGAACUUUGGCCAUCCUCUGUCGGUCAGACAGCUGUCUCAGAACAAGAUCAAUCGCAGCCAAUACAACCUCAUACCCAGAGACCUUCCCCAGAAGCCCAGUGCAGAGACACAGGCCUGCACGAACUGGUUGGCCCAUCUGGUGGUGCGUGUCCAGGAGGAGGGCUCUGUCGUCAGCCCGUGGUCCCUGAUGGCCUGCCUGUUGCUCCAGACUCCCAGCGCCACCCUCGCAGAGGAGGGCCUGGCGUGGGAUCAGCUCACACAAAAAACCCUGUGGCUCAGGACGCUGGCACUGGGCUUUGGGGCUUGCCUCAACUGGCCGGGUCACGUCCCGGAGUCAGAUGUGAUGUCAUCCAGCAUGGCCCUGCAUCACUCCGUCGUGCAGCACAAAAGGGGGCGCGUCCACCUGGUCGAGGAGAAGGACCCCGCGGGGAACAGGCCCGUCAGCCCAGAGGAGGGCGUGCUCCGGAGAGCUGCGGCCGUGCUCAUGGUGGCCUCGUACAGGAACCAGGCGCUGCACAUUUUUGUUCGUCCAGCCCUGCUUGUCACGGCCAUACACACCACAAAGAGCACACACAGAGACGAACUCUUCGCCUUCUUCUGCUUCCUCCAGAACGUUUUCUCCAACGAAUUCAUCUUCAUCCCGGACAGGGCCUCUGAGGACUUUGAGGAGGCGUGCUCCCUGCUGAGGAAAUGUGGGGCAGUCCAAAUCAGCCCGCAGGAAGUGGCAGAGCUGGAGGCGGGGCUGCAGACCACUUGCUUCCUGCAGGCACUACUACAACCCUUCAUAGAAACUUAUCAGGUGGUGUUGAGGUUCCUGUGUGAGGAGGCAGAUCACGUGUUCUCAGAGAAACAGCUCUUACCUGCCGUACGAAGCCUGGCUACCAGGCUCAUCCUCUCAGGUGAGCUUCACACCUAUGAGGCCCUGUCGUCCGAUACGCAAAAAAACGUGUUGUCUGCACUGCUUAGACUGGAGGCUGUCACAAAGUUGAGGACGACUGAGAGUAAAUACAGAGUUAACAGAGCAGCCAUCCGCAGAAUUGGAGACAUUCUCUCUGGUAAAAUCCCUCCCCAGAUGCUCAUCGCUGCACCUGAUGCAAGACUUUAGCCGGAACAGAUCCAUCUUCAGCGUCACUCCUGUCAACCCCCUUCUCCUUUUCCCCCCUCUCCUCUUUUUCCUUUUCUCCUCUCUCUUCCCCUGUAGAGAAACACUGAGACAGAAUACCUCUUCCUGGAUGUCAGUCAGCUGACUUCAAGCCUGGCUGCAUUCCACUUUUUUCUGCCUGUGUUUACAGCAAACCUUGAGAGGUAGUUUGAUGAUGUGAGAGGGCAAGCAGCUGUUUAGAAUAAAACCUUCCUUUUCUGCCCCUCAUCUAUGCCUUGUGAUAACACCUGUGAAUUGAGAAAUUGAGCUAAAAUUAUAUUUUCACUGUGUCCUAGAUUUAAUGUGACAUGGGCAUCAAUCAUCUGUGAGUGAGUGAGUGAUAAAUGAGCCACAAUCUAUGAAAAAAAAAACUUGAAUGAAGGCCUAGUAAAGUGCAAUUAGUAAAGUGAAAGGGAGAAACUCCUACACAAUAACAGCCUUAACAAGAAUCAAACCUAUUUGAUUGUCUAUAUGCAUAUCAGUAAAUCCCAUAAUAAUCCCAUAACAAAGUCAAAUGCCUUAAUCAUGCAUCAAAUGUCAUAAUAACUCAACAACGAUGUGAUGUUUCAUUAGGAAUACUCAUUUGAGACAUUUAUUUUUAUCUUCCAUAUAUCUCAAUCAGUGUAAAGCAUGUAAUAAAAUCUUUUCCCCACUUA